CCAACACAAUUAAACUACGACUAUUCAAAUUUCUACAAGAAAUAUAUAAAGGGAUGAGAGCAAGAGAGUCAACAAAAUUAUACUUUCCUUUGUUUUAUCUUUAAAGCGUCUUCUUGUUUUGUUCUUCUCCUCUUCCUCUUCUUUUUUCCAAGUCUAAAUUACUCUGGUCAACAUCAGAAAACGUGCUUAGUGAUGGAUGACCAGAGAAAUAGUGAUAAUCAUCAUCAGCAUCAUCAUCUAGGUGUGAAUAAGAUUGGGAAAAACAUCCGUAAAGAUUCAUCAAACCAGCAAAAUCAACAACAGAAUCCUCAAGCUUUGUUUUUUAACAUCAACAAAACCGAUUUUAGAUCCAUUGUUCAACAGUUAACCGGACUCGGUUCAGCUUCUUCAGUAAAUCCUCCACAGUCAACAAACCCACCAAAACCUCCAAAUUCAAGGUUGGUCAAAGUUAGACCGGCUCCUUUGACUCAAGUCAACCACCAUCCACCUCCACCUCCGGUUCAAUCAGAUCCAAUAGCCGAGCGUAAUAACCAAUUAUCGGUUAACCCGGCCGAAUCUCCAAUCUCCGCUUAUAUGCGUUACCUAAUCGAAUCAAGCCCUGUUGGAAACCAACCUCAGCUACAAAACCAAAAUCCGACUCAGCCAUCACCCGGUUUGAUUCCUUCACAUCAAUCCGGUCCAAGUCCAAUGUUAUUCCAGUCUCCAGCGUCACAGUUUGUUUUGUCGCCGCCGCCUAGAUCACCGUUUCCGAUAUUAUCACCCAAUUUCUUUGCGUUUUCACCGCGGUUUAUAGCCGGCGGUAACGAACCGCUACCUCCGCCGUCACCGGGCUUUUUCUUCCCGUUGCUCAGUCCAUUAUGGAAAAGUCAAUAGCUUUAUAGUUAGUGUAUUGAUUAUCUUAUAGAUAAUGGAUAAAACGUGCAACUUGUAAGUAUAAUUUAACAUGUUAUGUGAAGACAUUUGCUCAUUUCGUUUUAUGUAUCAGCGUGUUUAAUCCGCCUUCAUUAUUGUCCCUAAAUGUUUCUGUAUUUAAAUUGUGAUUGUUGAUGAACUUCUAGUUCUGAACCAAAGGGGAGACAAAUGUGUUUAGUAGAAUGUUAUGAAUUUUAUUAUUAAAUAUCAACAACUUAUAUUAAACAAAACUAAUAAAAUAAAACGUAUUGAAGAUAAUUAAUUAUAAAUGGAUUUUCAAACUGUUAAAUCACUAAAGUCGUGGUUGCUAGAAAAAUAGUCUUCUAAUUGGUUCACCAUCAUUGAAGUCUGGACCCUUUAAUUUUCAUCUUUUCAGUUUUCAUUAUUAUUGUCCAAUCACAUAAAAUUCAAUUUUCACUUUCUGACUUUCUUCAAUUAACCAAGUUGGCAACUUGCAGUGCCUACUAGUAGAUUUGUCCCUAUAUUCCUUAACGGAGUAAUUCAAGAAGCAUCCUUUGAUUCUCACUUUUGCUUCCAGUUAUCUAGAGCACCUCCGUUAGAAGUAUUCAUAAUGGAGUUCUCGACCUAAAUUAAAGUGUAUGUAGAGUAAUAAUUAAACAUGGAUAUCUCAAAAUCAUGAAAAACUUAAUUCAAAAUUUCUCUUUUUCUUUGAACCACAAUUUAAAUUUUCUCAAUGAGAUAUUUUACGCUUGAUUUUUCAUGAUUUUGAGAUACCCAACAUAAUAUCUUUAUAUAUAAAGAAGGGUUUGUAUCUCUCCCAGGCUAUCCACAUCAGCUGACAGGUCAUAAAUUCGUAUGAUACUGUUGCGACACGUGUCCUCCUGCAACGAAAUUCUGCGUUUCAUUAAUUCUCAAAUCAGAUGGGCUUGACAAUUGGAUGGGCUUAUUUCUACCAAACUUAUUUUUUUAUGGACCGUGUAUUCGAGAAUGGUCUAUUGUCCGCAACUCUAAAUGUCAUCAUCGUCUCCUCGCAUACCCUAUCUUUCAGAGACUCUUAGAAAACGCCUCAUUCAAUUGAUCUAAUAAAGCUUCAUAACUGCGACAACAAACUUUUCGCCUCUCACUAAAGGAUGCAGUAACCCCACCGUCUUUGCGUUUCUCAGAAUCGUACCUAUAAAUAUGGAUGUCGACUUCCAUGGCUCUCACCACUGCAAUCUACAUUCCAUUCUUCACUAUUUCUCUCUCUGGAAUUCUGUUUACAGCAAAAUACAUUCACAAUUCCUACUCUUUCAAUUGCAACACGACCGAGAAAGUAAUGACCCGUUCUGGGAAGCGCAAAAAGUAAAAAAAAAUGGAAAAGCUAAUCAGCGCCGCCAUGCUCACGAACGACAAGGUAGUUGUUUUAAUUAAAUAGCGAUCUUGAGAAUAUUGAGUGGACACCUUCAUAUUUGACUUUUCAGAUGAAGUUUGGGCUGAGUUAGUGACGUAACCAUUGCCAACCAACACGCCACUGAGACAUCGCUGGCGAUGUCUUCGUUGUUUCCGAACAGGGACGAGAGGAGAGAGAGGUAUAUCUGAUGGCCGUUGCUGCCGAGAGGUGGGAACCAGUGGAUCGCCGGCGGAGACGGAGUGGAUUGUGCGGCUGUAUAGAGUUUGUUUAGAACUACGCCGUUAAAGAUUGAGAGGACAGAAGACGAUAAGAUUUGAGUGGACGACAUGUUCUCUUUAAUUUGAUUUUGUUUAAGGAUAUUUCAGAAAAAGCUCUUAAAUAAAAACGUAAACAAAUCAA